GGGUCGGGAGCGCGCACCAUGCUGUACUGGAUGGCACUGUGCUCGGUGGCUGCGGCGGGAGCGCGCGGCUCACAGCACGGUAUCCCGCUCGGAGUGGUUAAACUUUGGGCUUCAGCGUUUGGCGGUGAAAUCAAAUCUAUUGCCACCAAAUACUCUGGCUCUAUAUUAUUGCAGAAGAAAUGUAAGGAGUACGAGCGGUCGGUUCGGAUGGAGGAGGUCGACGGUGCCAGGCUCGUGCAGAGCAUCUCUGAGAAAAUGGCAAAAAUGUUCCGCAGCAAAGAGCAGGCGGCCCGGCGCUUGGUGGAGGCAGCAGAGGAGGCGUAUCUGCAGCACGAGGAGAAUCCAGACCUGCAGUACGAGUACUUUAACGCGGUGCUGAUUAACGAGGUGGACGAGGACGGGAACAGUGUGGAACUGGGGGGCGAGUUCAUCCUGGAGCCCAACGAUCAUUUCAACAACCUGCCGGUCAACCUGAGCCUGAGCGUGGUCCAGGUGCCCACCAACAUGUACAACAAAGAUCCUGACGUGGUGAACGGUGUUUACUGGUCUGAGGCUUUGAAUAAAGUGUUUGUGGAUAAUUUCGAGAAGGACCCAACACUUAUCUGGCAGUACUUUGGAAGCGCAAAGGGUUUCUUCAGACAAUAUCCAGGUGCAAAAUGGCAUCCUGAUGAACACGGCGUCAUCGCGUUCGACUGCCGAAACAGAAAAUGGUACAUCCAGGCGGCCACGUCCCCCAAAGACGUGGUGAUUCUGGUGGACGUGAGCGGCAGUAUGAAGGGUCUCCGGCUCACCAUCGCCCGACAGACCGUCUCCUCCAUUCUGGACACGCUGGGGGACGACGACUUCUUCAACAUCAUAGCUUACAAUCAGGAGAUUCAUUACGUGGAACCAUGUCUGAACGGUACGCUGGUGCAGGCCGACAAAGCCAAUAAAGAUCAUUUUCGUGCCCACCUCGACCGACUGUUUGCGAAAGGUAUGGGGUUGCUGGGAGAUGCUCUGACCGAAGCCUUUACCGUCCUAAACGAGUUUAACCAGGCGGGUCGUGGCAGCGUGUGCAGUCAGGCCAUCAUGCUGGUGACGGACGGAGCCACCAAAAUGUACGACGAUGUUUUUGCCAAGUACAACUGGCCCGAGAGGAAGGUGAGAAUAUUUCCCUACCUGAUCGGACGAGAGUCAGCAUUCGCUGAUAACCUUAAGUGGAUGGCAUGUGCUAAUAAAGGCUACUUCAGUCAGAUCUCCACGCUGGCGGACGUUCAGGAGAACGUUAUAAGGUACCUUCACGUCAUGAGCCGUCCGAAAGUCAUCGACCACGAGCACGACACGGUGUGGACGGAGGCCUACGUGGAUCAGGCGCUUGCUCAGGCUCACAAGCUUGCAGCACAGAAAGACCCGAACCCGAUGACCACAGUAGCCAUGCCGGUGUUCAGCACCAGAAACGAGACGAAGAACCAGGGCAUUCUCCUGGGUGUGGUGGGGAUAGAUAUUCCCAUUCAGGACCUGAUGAAGAUCGUCCCUAAACAUAAGUUGGGAAUACACGGUUACGCCUUCGCUGUCACCAAUAACGGCUACAUCCUCAUGCACCCAGACCUGCGACAUCUGUACCAGGUGGGUCAGCGCAGACGGAAGGCCCAUUACAGCAGUGUGGAACUGUCCGAGGUGGAGUGGGAGGACACCGACCAUUAUCUGAGGAACGCCAUGGUGAACAGAAAAACAGGAACCUUCUCCAUGGAGGUGAAGCGAACCAUUGACAGAGGGAAGCGUGUCUUGUCCAUGCACAAUGAUUAUUACUUCACAGACAUCAAAGGAACUCCGUUUAGUGUCGGGGUGGCUCUGUCUCGGGGACACGGAAAGCACUUCUUCAAGGGAAACGUUUCAUUCGAAGCAGGUCUGCGUGCUCUGGACCAGACUGGUGUCGCCCUGGCAGAUGAAUGGACGUACUGCAAUACAGACGAUCAGCAUGAACAUCGUUACCUGACUCAGAUACAGGCCAUCAAACUCAACCUGACCAAUCGCAAACCACACAUCAAAUGUGACCGAGAGCUGAUCCAGCAGGUUCUGUUCGACGCCCUGAUCACCGCUCCACUGAGAUCCUACUGGACCGGCCUGGCGCUUAAUAAAUCUGAGAACCCUGAUAAAGGAGUGGAAAUCGCAUUUCUGGGCACUCGCACCGGUUUAUCCAGAACCAACCUGUUUGUUGUUCCGGAGCAGCUGACCAAUCAGAAUCUGUUAGGGGAUGAGGAUAAGGAGGGUGUGUUUAAUGCUGAUCACUUUCCUCUGUGGUAUAAAAGAGCGGCUGAACAGGUUCCUGGCACCUUUGUGUACUCUAUCCCCUUCAGUUCAGCACAUAAUAAUAAAAGUGUGGUGUUGGCCAGCACUGCAAUCCAGCUCCUGGAUGACCGGAACUCACCUAUAAUAGCAGCUGUCGGGAUUCAGAUGAAACUGGAAUUCUUUCAAAGGAAAUUCUGGACGGCCAGCAGACAGUGUAAAGCUCUGGAUGGUAAAUGCAGCAUCAGCUGUGAUAACCAGGACAUUAAGUGCUACCUCAUCGAUAAUAACGGCUUCGUUCUGGUCUCUGAGGAUUACUCUCAGACGGGGCUCUUUUUUGGAGAGGUGGAGGGGGCUGUCAUGAACAAACUGCUUAUGAUGGGUUCGUUUAAAAGGAUCUCUCUGUAUGAUUACCAGGCUCAGUGUAAGGAGUUUGUAGGCAGCAGUGACAGCGCACACAAUCUUCUUAACCCGUUCACCGCUGUGAAGUGGCUCCUCAGUGAAAUAAUUCUGUUCCUGCUGGAAUUUAACCUGUACAGCUGGUGGAACGUGGACUCGACUGUAACAGCUGACAGAGUGAACAAGAGGACGAUGAUGGUGCCGUGUGAUACGGAGUAUCCAGCUUUCGUCUCGGAGCGCACCAUUAAAGAAACGGCUGGCAGCAUCGACUGUGAUGACUGUAUCAGGACGUUUGUUAUUCAGCAGAUCCCCAGCAGUAACCUCUUCAUGGUCGUGGUGGAGAACAAGUGUGACUGUAGCUCCGCCCCUUCAGUUACAAUGGAGCCAAUCGAGAUCAUUUACAAUGAGUCUCUAAAGUGCGAGACCCUUAAGUUACAGAAGGACCGCAAACGCCCCGACUCCUGCCACCCCUUCCAUCCUGAGGAGAACGCUAUGAAGUGUGGAUCAGCCGUGGCUCUUUCUCCCGCACUGGUGGUGGCUCUGUUUCCUCUCCUGACCUUCCUCGUCUCCAGGUGACCUUCAGCGGCAGCCACCGACCUUCAACCAUGAGCGGCCAUUGAGAAAAGCGUCCAAGCCAACCACUAACGCUAAUGCUAAAUGCAGCUCGCUGACAGAAACAAACACAUCAUGACGAACUCAGAUGAAACCUGCUGACACUUUACGCGGUCGGAGACCUUUUCCGAAAGUCUAACUGUGAUGUUCUGAUAUGGAUGUGUCCCAAAAAUGCUAGAACUGCGCAAAACUCAUUCUAACAAGCAUAUGAAAAGAUUAAACGUGGCGUUUGGGCUGUUCUUUAUCAUCUGAGUCACAAAAAAAAGCUAGAAAAGAGAACAUUCUGACUUUAUUAAGUAAUAAAAUACUAGCUUACUUUCUAGUUAGCUAAUAAACUGUUUGCUAAUCUACUAAUUAUCAUAUAAAUGAACAUAUUUGGCCAAACAUGGAUAAAUUCAGUCUCAAACACACGAUAAACUACAUAUAAUAAAUUAAAAAUCAACAAAUCUUGUUAAAAUGAAUUCUAUGUAUCGUAGAUUUUCAGACACUCAAUAAAAACGGAGCAUUUGGGACACAGCCCUGCUGAUGGUUUUAUUUCAACUGAGCCAAGAAUAAUUUACUGCUUUUUGCAAGAAUCCAAACACAGUUUUUCUUUAUUAGCAACUGAAAAAAACGAUUCUGUUUGUUUAUUUCAUUCUUUUUUGUAAUUUUUCAAAUGAAAAAACAAGAUGCAUGAAGUAAGGAAACGUAAAAGAGGAAAAUGUCCCGGAGAUUUAUUAUCAUGAUGUGAACUGAUCAGAAUUUCAUAAACAUGCUUGCUUUAAAAAAGAGAAUGAAAACGUCUUUAAGAUGCUUGAUGCUGUACCUCAAAAAUAUAAAGCCAUUUACUGUAAAUAAAAACAUAUUUUCAUCAAAA